ACCUUUUACUUUGAAAACAUGAGACCGGAUGUGACUCUCAGUUGUCAGGUGAUCAGCUGACCGAAACAGUCGGCUUCUCGGUGAGACGAGCAGCUAAAAACAAGACGAAAAGCAGGAUAAUUUCUAUUUUUAUUUGCGACGGAGGGAAACGUUCGUCGAUAAGCCUUCCAUUAAAAGGAAAUGUUCCAGUAGGACUUUUAGUGACACAUCAGCAUAAUGUCGGGGAACAACCUGGUUCUGCCCAUAGUGCUGUGGGGCCGCACGGCUCCCACCCACUGCAUCAGCAGUCUGCUGGUGAUGGACGACUUUAGCACCAUCAUCACCGGCUGCCAUGACGGACAGAUCUGUCUCUGGGACAUGACACCUGAGCUGGAGAUUUGUCCCAGGGCCAUGUUGUUUGGCCAUACAGCCUCCAUUACCUGUCUGUCUAAAGCCAGUGCAUGUAGUGACAAACAGUACAUCGUCAGUGCAUCAGAGAGCGGAGAGAUGUGUUUAUGGGAUGUGAACGAUGGACGCUGUAUUGAGUUCACCAAGCUGGCCUGUGCUCACACUGGCAUACAGUUCUAUCAGUUCACCAUCAGCACUGAGAGGGAGGCACGUCUGCUAUGCAAUGGCCACUACCCAGAAAUCCUUGUGGUGGAUGCCACCAGCCUGGAGGUCCUGUACUCCCUGGUGUCCAAGAUCUCUCCUGACUGGAUCAGCUCCAUGAGCAUCAUCCGAUCCCACCGAACACAAGAGGACACAGUGGUGGCAGUGUCAGUGACUGGGAUUUUGAAGGUCUGGAUCAUCACAGCUGAGGUCAGCAGGAUGCAGGACCUGGACCCUGUGUUUGAAGAAGAGUCCAAACCCAUCUACUGUCAGGGCUGUCAGAGUAUUUCUUUCUGUACUUUUACUCAGAGCAGCCUGCUGGUUGUCUGCUCCAAGUACUGGAGGGUGUUUGAUGCAGGCGACUACUCGUUGCUCUGCUCAGUGUCCAGUGACAGCGACCAGGCCUGGACCGGAGGAGAGUUCAUCGCCGCAGACAAAGUCAUCAUCUGGACCGAAGACGGCUGCAGUUACAUCUACAAGCUGCCUGCCAGCUGUCUGCCUGCCAGUGAACACUUCCGCAGUGAUGUUGGGAAAACCAAAGAAGGCUCGAUUCCUCCGCUGGUCUACAGCAUUGCCGACCGCUCAGACAAACAGCUCCUGAUCUGUCCUCCUGUGACUCGGUUCUUCUUCGGCCGACGGGAGCCCCUCCAUAAGUUGCUGAUCCAGGGAGACUCAGCGGGCAGACUGUCCCUGUGGAGCAUCCCAGACACCUCGCCUCUGCAGCCGCUGUCGACCGCUGCAGAGCUGCAGGUGUCGUCCACCAUCAGUCUCCAGGAGGCGUUUGAUAAGUUGACCCCCGUGUCUGCAGGGAUCAUCGACCAGCUAAGUGCUCUUCCUGGAAAAGAAGGACCCAUCAAGGUGACAGCCAGCGUGUAUAUCCCCUCUCAGGGUCGCCUAGUGUGUGGGAGAGAAGACGGUAGCAUCAUCCUGGUUCCUGCCACUCAGACCGCCAUUGUCCAGCUGCUGCAGGGGGAGCACAUGCUCAGGAGAGGCUGGCCGCCCCAUCGUACCCUGCGAGGUCACCGGAACAAGGUGACGUGCGUCCUGUAUCCAUACCAGAUCUCCCCCCGCUACGACCAGCGCUCACUGGUGUCCGGAGGAGUGGACUUCUCCGUCAUCGUCUGGGACAUUUUCACCGGAGAGAUGAAGCACAUUUUCUGUGUCCACGGAGGAGAGAUCACCCAGCUCAUUGUCCCACCUGAAAACUGCAGUACUCGGGUUCAGCACUGCGUCUGCUCGGUGGCCAGCGACCACUCCGUUGGCCUGCUCAGUCUCAGGGAGAGGAAGUGCAUCAUGCUGGCGUCGCGACACCUCUUCCCCAUCCAGGUCAUCAAGUGGCGUCCGGCAGAUGACUACCUGGUGGUGGGAUGUUCUGACGGCUCUGUCUACGUCUGGCAGAUGGAUACAGGAGCUUUGGACCGCUGUGUGAUGGGCAUAACAGCAGUAGAGAUCCUGAAUGCCUGUGACGAGCUGGCUCCUGCCACUGUGGACGCUCUGACCCACUCAGCUGUGAACCUGAAGCAGGCGAUGACUCGCCGCAGCCUGGCGGCACUGAAAAACAUGGCACAGCACAAACUGCAGACACUCGCCACCAACCUGCUGGCUGCAGACAACGCCGACAAGGGCAACCUGCCAAAAUACUCCCAUAAUGCCCUUGUGGUCCAGGCGAUGAAGACCAACCUGACAGACCCUGACAUGCACGUGCUGUUCUUCGACGUGGAGGCGGUGAUCAUUCAGCUGCUGACAGAGGAAGCCCAGAGACCGAGCCCCACGCUGGUGUCUCCAGAGACGCUGCAGAAGAGCCAGGCUGGGGCUGAUAAGGGGGGGUCCUUCCUGGCCAACAAGAUCUUCAAACAGGUGAAGGAAACGAUGAAGGAGACCAUCAAGGAGCACCUGUUAGACGAAGACGAGGAGGAGGAGGAGGAGAUGAGGAGGCGGGAGGAGAAGUCCAAGUCUUUGAGUCUGCUGGAGUACAACCUAACGAUGGACACGGCCAAACUCUUCAUGUCCUGCCUGCAUGCCUGGGGUCUCAACGAACAGCUUGAUGGCAUCUGUCUGGAGCGACUGGGCAUGCUUAGACCGCACUGCCCCAUCUCCUUCGGCCUGAUUUCCAGAGGAGGUCACAUGUCCCUUAUGCUGCCUACCUUCAAGGAGUCCUUGCUGCGGCAGUUGUCCCUGGCGACUGGUCUGAAGCUGACUCUGACUGACAUUGUUGGGAAGGGGACGUAUGGCGUUUCAAGGGCCGUCACCACACAGCACCUGCUGUCUGUAAUUUCAUUGGCCAACACUCUGAUGGGCAUGACCAAUGCCACCUUCGUCGGAGAGCACAUGAAGAAAGCACCAGUCAGGCCUCCCAGACCAGGAGGAACCCCGGAGACUCCUCGCAGGACACUGGCUGCCCCCCCUCAGCCCUCCAACCCAGCACUACAGGCCCAGAUCAAACAAGCUGCUGUAGCUGCCACAGCCAACACCAGCACUGUUACUACUGCUACCACUGCUGGGGCUCCGGGGGCCCCUGGGGUCUUUCCUCAGAGGGCCCCUGGCUCCCCGAGCCCCAGCCCUGCUUCUUAUAACAUCCCCUCAGUCAACGAAGGUUGGAGCCAGCUGGCAGCCAUGCAUUGUGUGAUGCUCCCUGACCUCCUUGGACUGGACAAGUUUAGACCUCCUCUGCUGGAGAUGUUGGCAAGGAGAUGGCAGGACCGCUGUCUGGAGGUGCGAGAAGCAGCACAAGCUCUCCUAUUGGCUGAGUUAAGGAGGAUUGGCCAAUCCGGACGUAAGGACACCAUUGACUUGUGGGCUCCCUACCUUCCUCAGUAUGUGGACACCGUCAGCUCCCCUGGGUCGAGCACUGAGCCCUCCCCUCCAGCUCCACCUCCUCCAGAGGCUCAGCCAAUAGAAACAAAGGUUCCUGAGGAAGAAAUGGACGUCACGGAUGAUGACAUCACAGCAGGCUGUCUGUCCAACCUUCCACCAAACGCCAAGAAAAUCUCCAACUCAUACGAGGAGCGCCGUAAACAAGCCACCGCCAUCGUGCUGCUGGGGGUCAUCGGGGCUGAGUUUGGCGCUGAGAUUGAACCUCCAAAGGGUUCUGCACGGGCUCGAGCCGGGGGACAGGCGCCUGAGGGCUUUGGACUGACAAGUGGAGGGUCAUCCAACUACUCACUGGCCAGACACACAUGUAAGGCGCUGACCUUCCUGCUGCUGCAGCCCCCCAGCCCCAAGCUGCCUCCCCACAGCACCAUCCGCCGCACUGCCAUCGAUCUGAUUGGCAGAGGCUUCACCGUGUGGGAGCCGUAUAUGGAUGUGUCAGCGGUGCUCAUGGGGCUGCUGGAGCUCUGUGCUGACGCCGAGAAGCAGCUGGCCAAUGUUACCAUGGGUCUGCCCCUCAACCCGCCGGCAGAUUCCGCUCGUUCAUCCCGCCAUGCCCUCUCUCUCAUCGCUACUGCUCGACCACCGGCUUUCAUCACCACCAUUGCAAGAGAGGUUCAUCGGUACAACGCAGCUCAGGCUAACUCUCAGUCGCAGCAGAACGUUCACACUACCACUCUGGCCAGAGCCAAGACUGAGAUACUGCGAGUGAUUGACAUCCUGAUAGAGAAAAUGCCUGCCGACGUUGUGGAUCUGCUGGUCGAGGUGAUGGAUAUCAUCAUGUACUGUAUUGAAGGGUCUCUGGUGAAGAAGAAAGGACUGCAGGAGUGUUUCCCUGCUAUUUGCAAGUUCUACAUGGUUGGUUACUGUGACCGCAGUCACCGCAUCGCUGUUGGAGCUCGCCAGGGUUCAGUGGCCCUCUACGAUGUCCGUACCGGAAAAUGCCAGAACAUCCAUGGUCAUAAGGGUCCUAUCACAGCAGUGUCGUUCGCCCCUGAUGGCCGUUACCUGGCAACGUACUCAAAUGCUGACAGCCACAUCUCCUUCUGGCAGAUGAACACCAGUCUGCUGGGCAGCAUCGGGAUGUUGAACUCGGCCCCUCAGCUCCGCUGCAUUAAGACCUACCAGGUUCCUCCUGUGCAGCCGGCGUCCCCGGGCUCCCAGAAUCACCUGAAGCUCGCCCGCCUCAUCUGGACCUCCAACCGAAACGUCAUCCUCAUGGCCCACGACGGCAAGGAGCACCGCUUCAUGGUCUAAACCAGAUGUGUAUCUCCAACUGAGUCCUUGUUGUUGUAUUUGUUUGAGGGGAGUCUCUGAAAUGCUGCAGCAUGGAUUCACUCAGUGGUCACUUUAGUUUUAGUUUCAAAUAUGUAUCCUGAGCUGCUGAGUCUACACUGAGUCUAAAAAUAAGUGAGGCUGAUGGUAAUGGCUCAGGUGGUUCCAUUCAAAGGUUUGUCUUAAAAACCCAGCUCAGGUCCAGGAUUGGACUGGAUGAAUCUUUUGUUUUUAUCUUCCAUAGUGAUCAUUGUGAGGAAACACUCUGUAAUUUAUAAAAAAAAAAAAAAAAAAAGCUGUGAUAGAAGGCUUGUUUACAUUAUGAUUUGCAUCAAUGUAUUUUUUUAGUUAACAUCUUCUUGUCAUUCCUAUUUAUUUGCUGUUUUUGCUGGAUGUCACAGAUCUCCUUUGUCACCAACUUGUUGCAGCCAUUUUGGGUCCCAACUGUUUUUUAAAGUCAGCCUUUGGCUUGCUCCCAUUGGCUGCCCUCCUAGUUUCUAUUUUAUUUCAGUGCUAAAUAAGAUUUUUUUUUUUUUAAAUGUGCAAUUAUUUGUGGGUUGACUUUGCAGAAACACUGAUUUGAAUAUGGAUAAAUAAAUCAAUCUUGGCUGCAUUUUCUUUUCUCUAUAUUACUGUUUGUAUCGGAAUCAAAAAAUUAAACACCCUAGAGUGAAUUUCUUUAGUUUUAAUUUCUGGAAUGAAUUAUUUAUGUAGAUUGAAGAAAAUUCUCCAUUGCUCUCUUGAAGGCUUUGGUACUCUCCAACCUCUGUAAGACAAGUACACACUUUACACAUUUAAAACUGCGUGUGUGUGUGUGUGUGUGUGUGUGUGUGUGUGCGCACGUGCGUGCGUGCGUGUGUGAGAGAGAGUUCUUUGGUGUUUGCUUUUACUUUUGUGACACCUUCAAGGCUUUUCCACCCUCUAAGCUUCAUGCAGCAAUGUGUGUGUGUGUGUGUGUGUGUGUGUGUGUUUACACCCAAAUGUAUUUUCACAUACACACAUUCUCACUUCAGACUGCUCGUCCUAAAAGCACGAUCACAGUACAUCUUUAGACACUGGAGGUGCAGCAUUACUCACUGCAGACAUUCAAAAGGACAAAAAGCAAAAAGCAUAACAUUAUUUUAGUCAUAUUUUAAUGGCAUACUAGCAACAUUGUAUAAUUCUGCAAAAGGGGUUCUGGUAUAUAGGUCCUAACUCAGUUUAGUUCUUGAGUUUAGUUUCUAUGGCUCCUUAGUACCUGAUCUGUUUGGUCCAAAACAAAAACACUCUUUUUUUUUUUUAUGAUUAUCUAUCCGAGUUGGUCAUUUUUCUUUACAAAUUCUCCAUUUUCUUGAUUUCACUUUGCGUUGAACACAACAUCAGCUUUGUUCACCCGCUUGGAGUCAGUUUUGGCUGUCAAGUGGUUCUGAGUCAGUUUAGUUUAUUCAGCCCUUCUCUGUUUUAUUUAAUACCAUCCAGGUUCCAUGGCUUCCUAUGUCUACAUGUUGGUUCAAGUUCCCAAGUGAACCUUUUCUUUUUUCUUUUUUCCAUUGAUUGUGGGUCAUGUCACACAAUUCCUCUGGCAUUGCUGGAAUCUCUCACAAUGUAAAAACUGUUCUGGAGUUUGAAGGAAAAUAGCAGCUUUCUCCUUUCUUGCCUCGUUUGGGGAUUGUGUGUUUGUUUGCAGAUGACAACGCUUUAUAUUUUACUGAUAGAUGUCAAGACUUCUUUGUCUUUUGCAGCUUUCCUUUUUCAUUCAUCCUGCUCCAAAUGUGUACAUGUACAGAACGUACCAUCAGAACUGCUGUCUAAUGUAAUCUGUUAAUCGUGUACAGUGAGUUUGGAUCCUCUUUGGUGUAUUUGUUGUGGCUAACGUGACUGUCUGCCUGGCACUGACUAGAAUUUAUCUGUUUAAGUCAAUUUAAAACUUUAUAUUUAGGAGAACAUUUUAAAUGUCACAGUAUUCCAUUUACAUCUUUAGGUGUUUGAUGAAGAUCUUGACUUUCAUUUUAUUAAGAGAAACAAUAGGUGAAUGGGACACAUUUACAGUUUAAUAUUUUUCUUUUAAAAGAAAACGGCGUCUGUUCUCUUAAAUGUUGCUGACAUUCCUUAUUAAUAACAGCGGGUACAACAAGUAGUUUGUUAUCCUGGAACUAACCAUAUCCAUCGCGUCUUAUAAUUUCGCAGGAAUGCUUUAGUGGUGUGAUCUUUUGAAAGAGUAGUUGAAAAUCUUGUUUUUGUGACCUCCAGUUCGCACCUUGCUUCAGUGAUGUAGAAGUGUACUCCACGGUGUAUCAGUACACCAUGAGAUCACGGGUAGGUGUCAAUCAUUCGACCUCUGGCUUGGAGGUUUCCCACCAUGACUCUCAUUUAUGGAUGGAGAAACAUUUUUGCACAUAAUACCUUAACUGUUGGACAGGACCUUCUUUUUUUAAAUGUUACUGUUUUAGUGCUCAGAAAUAUAUGCAGAAAGAGAAAUAUAUAUAUACAGAUGUGAUAUUUAGAGUGACUGUUUUCUGUCAGAAUUGGACAGAAUUUAGAUUUUGACUUUUGUACAUCUCGGCAGCCACUGGCAUGUUUGAAGAAUUUGGCACACAUGGAUUUGACAAGACACUUUAAUAGCUUUAAUUCUAUAUUUUCCACUCUUCCUUCUCCCUCCUUUCCUCCCCUCCCCUUCUCUUCCCUCUUCUCCUUCCUCCAUCUCCUGUCCGUUUCAUUAGUGCUGUCAGAAAGCUUCUAACACUGUUACACACCUGUAAACUUGAGCGUGUCAAAGCUUUUCACAAGUUCUUCCUCUCUUCAAAAAACAUAUCCAGCAGCUCGUCAGACGGGUUUCUGAAACCACACACACACACACACACACACCACACACCACACACCACACACACACACACACACACACACACACACACACGUCAAAUCCAGCAAGUCCAGACAGCUUUGAGAUCUUAAUCUUUGGUUUUCUCCAUCACUCUUAACAGUUUGAGAAAAUAUGUUUUUGGCAGCCUCUCUGGGGAGGAAAGGUGAGAAAAAUAAAGAAGGCAGAGAGGAAGAGUAAGUAACAAGUACGGAAGAUCAGGUCAUGCACCCAGAAAAAGAAGGUUAGGGUAGUGAACCGAAAUGUCCAAAAGAACCUUCUAGUUUUUCUUUUAAAUGCAGCAACAUGGAAAAAAAAUAAGACGUGGUGCAGUUACUGAAAACGUCUCCAAAAACUGCCGAUACAUUCGUUGUGUGGCGCUGUUCUGUGACUUGAAUAUAAAAAUGAUAAAUAUGACAGGAACAGUUUUACAAUUGAGGUCCUUGCUUUGAUUUUCUUUUUCUCAAUAACAAAGGAUUUACCUAAGUUUUAAUCAUGUCUGAUGUGCAAUGACCAGAUUGAUCGUGUUCUAAAAAGAAAAUGUCUGCUUACUUAGUUUUCAACAUUCAGUUCUAAAUUUCACACUAAAUGUUAUCAGCAAUUUUACUCAUUACUUUUGAUUAUUUAUUGUUAUACAAUAAACUCAAUAUAGAUAUUUAAGUGUGUGUGUGUGUGUGUGUGUGUGUGUGUGUGUGUGUGUGUGUGUGUGUGUGUGUGUGUGUGAUGUAGUGCAUGUAUAUGAGCUUCUCUUGAUGUAACACAGAGCAGGUUGUGUUGAAAUGUGUUGUUGUUGACUUUGUGUCCAAUAAAUAUGAAAAUGAGACGGA